AUGGUGUACCCAGCAGAAUCAAGAAAUUCAUCUACAAAGUUAGAUUCCACCACCUGGAACUUACCAGGUCAAUUGAAAUUACACAUACAUCACUUAAAUGAUCCCUCAAUCGCGCCAAAACAGCUCUUAAGCAGGCUGCAUCAGUUGUUUAAUAGCAUAAUCGAUCAAGGUCGCACAUACCCAAUUGAACAGCCUAUGACUCAAGAACAAUUUACUUCCUACUUUUUCACUGCUGACCUUUUCAUCGGGUUACUUACCGAUAAGCCGAUCAACCAAAUAAGCGAUAAUGAAUGGGAUCAUGUUUUAGGUGGAUGCUACUACGUCAAACCAAACUAUGUCGGUAGAUCUAAUCAUAUAUGCAAUGCCGGUUUCAUUGUCAAUCUUCACAAAAGAGGUCUUGGAUUAGGAUCUACACUAGGAAAAAGCUACUUACACUACGGUCCUAAAUUGGGAUACAAAGGCUCCAUAUUCAACCUUGUUUAUCAAUCAAAUGUCGCUAGCUCACGCAUUUGGGAUGGUCUUGGUUUUACAAGGGCAGGUCUCGUUCCAAAGGCGGGUAGACUCCUCGAUACUCAAGGUAAUGAAUACUACGACGACGCAAUCAUCUAUUAUAAGGACUUCGAAUCUUCAUAA